AUGGCCGGCAACGUUUACACCAGGAUUUGCAACACUCUUUGCGACAUCGACGAAGUCGCACAGCUCAGAAAUGAAAUCAGAGAGGGGAUGGAACGUGCAGGGAUGCUGGAUAAGCGGUUGAGCAAGAACUGGAGGGAGGAGACCAAGGAAGAAAUCUGGCCUGAAGUGGAGAUGACGAGGAUUGGCAGAGCCUUCAAGAAGAAUGCGCCUCCAGACGAGUACGAGGAGAUGCAGCAUCAUCUCAUCAAGUUGGUGAAAAGGACACACCUCACAAUGGCGAGAGACAAUGCUGCAGAGCCGAGCAACUCUGCGCAAGGGCGUGAUGCUGGAAGUCAAUCGUCAAGGCCAAUGCAGAAAGGGAGCUUGGCCUGUCAGGAAGAUGAAGAAAGCGUGGAGCAGUCGCGCCAGUCAGAUGCUGCACGUAAUCAUGGAGAUCAGUCAGGACGAUUCAAGCCGGCUAAACCGUCCCAAGAUCAAGACACGGCUGCAUUGGGCAGGCCUACAUUCGGACCAGGGGAUUCGUUCAAUCCAAUGGUGCCGACAUGGCAUCAUGAUCUUGCUCAACAGCAUCGUCUUGGUAGCCCGCAGACACUGACAGGGCGCAUGAAUGAUUACGACGAAGACCAGGCAGCGAUGCCGCAGCCGACGUGGAAUCGAAGAGCAGACAGUCCGCAGGCUGAGUCUUGA